AUUUGUAUAACAGUUAUUGUGAAUGUUUCAAAAUUCUCUACAAAAUUAAUAACCAAGCAGUACAUAUUUCGAAUUUUGUUUCGCCGUUUGUCCUGUUUCAACUUACGUCUAAUUCCGUUUACAGAAGCAAUCUACACUUAAAUUUCUCUGUAAUUUAUCAUUAUCCGUUUUAUUUUUGACAAGUUGUGUGCAUUUCUUCCAAGCAGGAGGUGAAGAGGUUAUAUUUUAUAUUUCGGGUCGUGCUAAAUUUUUUUUUGUUUAAACUCAAAUUAUUGUAUGAGUCAGAAAACUGAAAGACCAGUAUUAUCAGGUCAGCGCAUCAAGACCAGAAAAAGAGAUGAAAGAGAGAAAUAUGACCCAACAGGAUUCCGUGACGCGGUCAUUGCAGGUCUUGAAAAAACUGAAGGUGACUUGGAGCAAAUAUCCAAAUUUCUAGACAGCGCUGGUAAUAAACUUGAUUAUCGUCGUUACGGCGAGGUUUUAUUUGAUAUAUUAAUAGCUGGUGGUUUACUCGUCCCUGGCGGUUCAAUUUCUCAAGAUGGUGAAAAACCACGUACAAACUAUUGCAUCUUCGAAGCAGAAGAGAAUAUGGAAGCUAUGCGUCAGCAUGAGCAGAUAUUCGUUUAUCUCAUGCGAAGAUAUAAGUACCUCGAGAAAAUGUUCGAGGAGGAGAUGAAGAAAGUGUUGGUCUUUAUUAAAGGGUUUUCUCCAAGUGAACGAACAAAACUUGCGCGUAUGACUGCGCUUUGGAUAGGAAACUAAUCGCCACCAACUAUUUUGGCAAACGCUAUGGUUCUAUUUAAUGAUUUCCUAUUGAAAUCUAUUUUAAAAAAAAAUCACUAAACUAUUCAAAUAUUUAUUAACACUUUCUCCCUUACUAAAUCCUUAUCAUUUAAAAUACUAAUACUAUUAAAACACUAAUAAAAUAUAUAUUAAUUUACUUGUAGACUCAUGGACUUUUUCCCACCAAAUAAACGCACUGAAGAUUAUUUAAAACAAGUUUUCCUUGAAAAGGAUCUAACUGAAAUAAUAAAACUACACAAGGCUCAGGCAAGCCAAGAAGCAAAACGUGAAUUGCAACAAACUUUAAUUGACGACAUUAAUGAUGAAAAAGCACACUCAGAAAUAACAGCAAAUAUCAAAGAUUUUGCACUGAAAUCUAACAUUCCCGAUCAUGAAGUUAUUAUAAUUAUUUGGUCUACUAUAAUGUCACUCGGCGAAUGGAAUAAAAAAGAAGAACUUGUAACUGAUCAAGCAGUAAGGCAUCUAAGGGGCUACUGCCCACUUUUACAAGCUUUUGCUUCAACUGAUCGAUCCGAAUUGGCACUUAUAUUGAAGGUGCAAGAAUUCUGUUACGAAAACAUGAAUUUUAUGAAGGCUUUCCAUAAAAUAGUUUUGUUGUUUUAUAAAACUGACGUACUUUCUGAAGAAAUUAUACUCAAAUGGUUCAAAGAAGCGCAUUCGAGCAAGGGCAAGAUGCAUUUCUUGGAACAAAUGAAAAAAUUUGUUGAAUGGCUACAGCUCGCUGAAGAAGAAAGUGAAUCCGAAGAUGAGCAAAAAGAAAAGGAACAAUUUUGGCAAAUAUCUUAAAUAUGUAAAAGAGUUUUUUUCGGCGAAACAUAAAUUUAAGUAACAGUUCUCUAUAAUAACACUCAACCUCCUGAUUUGACGAAAAAUAGAUUUAUAUAAUUAAUUCUCAUGUAAUAAACCAAACCGUUAAAAAAAAAAUCGACUCGCUAUAUAGUUAUAUCAUUUAUAUAUAAGUUGUGUAAGUAUAUCUUUAACAAUGCAUGAAUUUAAAUGCAAUUAUUUAUAAUAUACACUAAUAUAUACAACACCGUAUUUAUAUAAUAUAUCUAUAUGUAUAUAUAUAUAUUAUAUAAUAGUAUAUUUAUAUAAAUGUUUCAAACAAAAGCUAUUCUAAAAGUUAAUUUGAAUUGUAUUUGGGUAUUGUUCAAUAAUUAUAUUUAAAAACAAAAACAAAAA